UUGGAAACUGACCACACGCAAACAAAAACGUUCACAUUUUUCAUCCAUUUCUUAUCUCCAUUCUGACCCUUCUAUUCUCUCAUCAGUCAUUUUUGGAUUUCAAUUUCAUGAUGUCUCGUCUCGCGAUCGCCGUCGUGCUCGGCGCCUUCCUCCUCUCCCUCUCCGCCGCCCCCGCGACGGCGCGUCCCUGCAGGACCUUCAUAAUCUCCUCUUACUCCUUCCGCAACCCUUCCUCGAACACCUUCGCCACCAUCACCGAGAUCCGAUCCUUCACGCCUCUCUACGUAUCAGACAGCAACGACCUCUUCUUCCCCACCCGCCCCCGCAUCGAAGCCGAGCGCGUCAACCCACGCGCCUCCCUAGGGUUUCCCUCGGCUUACGACUUCUCCUCCCUCCGCGACCGCACCAAGGACAUCCUCAGCGUCGCCCUCGCCCUCCUCUUCGGCGUCGGCUGCGGCGCCCUCACCGCCGCCACCAUGUACCUCGUCUGGUCCGUCUUCGCCACGCGCCACCACGACUACCGCGCCACCUACGACGACGACUCCUCCUCCGAGGACGACGAGAUCCAAACCACCAAGAAGCUAGGCUACGUCCGCAUUACUUUCCUGAUAAUGAUAGGCAAUGAAGUUAUUUUCUCCAUUCUGAGAGUGGGCUUGAGGGUGUUAUUAACAAUUAAGUUGUCAGGGGAAGACAUAUGA